UCAUUACAUUGAAGUCUCCUUCAAUUCGCCCUCCACCACUGAAGUCCAACCGGUGAAGUGUACAGCGGCUGUGCGGAGCCAUAAACACGAAAAAGUCCAUUAAGUUUACGGCUAGUCGCAGUUUUAACCGGUGCAAUGGCUGUCCCUCCAUCAUAUGGUGACCUCGGCAAAUCCGCUAAGGACAUCUUUAACAAAGGCUACGGCUUUGGCCAGGUGAAGCUUGAUGUGAAGACUAAGUCUGCCAGCGGCGUGGAGUUCAAAACUGCUGGCUUCUCCAACACUGACACCAGCAAGGUGGUGGGCAGUCUGGAAACCAAGUACAAGAGAUCGGAGUACGGUCUGACCUUCACAGAGAAGUGGAACACUGACAACACCCUGGGAACAGAGAUCACUGUGGAAGACCAGAUUGCAAAGGGUCUGAAGCUGACAUUUGACACCACAUUUUCUCCAAACACAGGCAAGAAAAGCGGGAAGGUCAAGACUGCCUACAAGCGUGAGUAUGUCAACCUGGGCUGUGACGUGGACUUCGACUUUGCUGGGCCCACCAUCCAUGGAGCAGCAGUCGUGGGUUACGAGGGCUGGCUCGCAGGCUACCAGAUGUCCUUUGACACAGCCAAGUCCAAAAUGAACCAGAACAACUUUGCUGUGGGAUACAAGACCGGAGACUUCCAGCUGCACACCAAUGUUAAUGACGGGGCACAGUUUGGAGGCUCUAUCUACCAGAAGGUGAGCCCUGCGUUGGAGACAGCCAUCAACCUUGCCUGGACUGCAGGCAAUAACAGCACAAACUUCGGCAUCGCAGCCAAAUAUCAGCUGGACAAGAGCGCCUCCAUCAGUGCUAAAGUGAACAACACCAGUCUUGUUGGCGUCGGUUACACCCAGAUGCUGAGACCAGGUGUGAAACUCACCCUCUCUGCCUUGGUGGAUGGUAAGAGCAUCAACGCCGGAGGCCACAAGCUGGGCCUUGGGUUGGAACUAGAGGCCUAAACUCUGCUCAAGGUGAAGGGAGAAGAGAACAUCAUCAAAAUCUGGCUUGAAAAAUGUAUUUCCAACUCAGACCAGCAAUGGGAUGUUAUGGAAGGACAGGAUGUGUUCAGAGGCUACAAGAAAAACACUUUCUGUACCAUUUUAUGACUAGUUAUUUUUUGUCCAUCUUUGGUAUAGAUGUUUGCUUUGCGGUUUCUGUUAAAAUAUUCGUUCACUGGAUAAAUUUACACCUUUGCAAUGUAUUGGUCUAAAAUACUGCUGGUGAAAUACCACAACAUUCUCAUCCCACGGUCAGUCUGUCAUCUGUAGGUUCUGUGUUAAUCCCUGAAGUGGUUUUCUUUUGUGACCCUUGAUUAAAUGCGGCGGGUGCAGGUUUGUUCAUACCUUAUUUCAAAUUUUCCCUUUUCUAACCAAUCACCUGAUUCUGUUGUCUGAACGCAUCUCUGAUUUGCAACCAUGUUGUUCUGUACACUAGACAUCUCUCACUAUUUAAAUCCUGUCAUGAAAUGUUUCUUUCCACAAGGAUACUCUGUCAUUGGGCAUCAUGGUCUGAGAUGUUAUAAAAGCUGUACAUGAAGUCCUCCCUUUAACUGAGCAGUUUCUUGGUACUCAAGAGUCUGAGGGGUAACAGUAGUUGUCAGGCUUGCUUUUGUUUUCUGUUUUACUGCAGAUAUCUAAGGGAGGAGUUUAAGGGUCAUAGUAGUUUCAAACUGCCUGGGUACUGCUGUCUUGACAAUAGGCUCUCCCAGUCUCUUCAUCUGUUUACUAGGCUGGUUGAGACUGCAAUCGCUGGGGAACUGGGAGGUCCUUAUGUGUAUGUUUAACUUUUAAAUAAAGAAUUUGAACUCUACAAACCAAAUAAUGAA